AGUCCAUGUUGUGCAAAAUGACCCAUCUUCUCCUCUUUACUCAGCAACAACAUUUGAGGAGCUAAACCUGCACCCUAACCUCUUGAAAGGUAUUUAUAGUAUGAAAUUCAGCAAGCCAUCAAAGAUACAAGAAAAGGCUUUACCACUUCUACUAGCUGACCCUCCUCAGAAUUUAAUUGCUCAGAGUCAGAGUGGAACUGGAAAGACAGCUGCUUUUGUCUUGGCAAUGCUAACCAGAGUGGAUGCAUCUAAGCCUUACCCUCAAAUACUUUGCCUCUCUCCUACAUUUGAUCUAGCACAGCAGACUGGCAAGGUCCUGCAGCAAAUGGCACAAUAUUUCCCUGAGAUUAAAAUGAAAUAUGCUGUCAGAGGAUCAAGAGUUUUUCAACAUCGUUUGUCUAAUGAGAAAGUCACUGAGCACAUUCUCAUUGGUACUGCUGGUACUACACUUGAUUGGGCUGUCAAGUAUCGUGUUUUUGAUCCUAAACUGAUCAACAUGUUUGUACUGGAUGAAGGAGAUGUCAUGAUUGAUACUCAAGGACAGCAGGACCAGACCAUCAGACUCCACAGAUUAUUAAGGACUGAUUGUCAAAAUGUCUUGUUCAGUGCAACAUACAGUGAGGAGGUGAUGUCCUUUGCCAAUAAAAUAAUUUCUGAUCCUAAUAUUAUUCGUUUGAGGGGUUCAGAGGAAAGUCUUGAUAAUAUAAAGCAGUAUUAUGUUUGGUGCACAGCUGGCGAUGAAGGGAAAUACACUGCCUUGACUAACAUUUAUGGCGUCCUAACUAUUGGCCAAUGUAUUGUAUUCUGUCGUGUAAAAAAAUCAGCUAUUUGGCUUGCAGGUAAGAUGAACAAAGAUGGACAUGCUGUAGCUCUUUUGACUGGCCAGUCAAAUGUUGAACAAAGGAUUGCAUUUUCUGAUACAUAUUGA